UCACAAAUACAAAUUCUGAAGCCAACUGCAGUCACUAAAAAUAUUAAAUAUGAAAUGAGUAAAAGAAUCCAUGAUAGCGAACGUUCCAGUUCAUCAACAUUGACUUCAUCAAAGAUUAUUACAAGUAGUAUACAAGGAACUACAAGUACGAAUUUGGAUCCAGGGAUAAAUAAAAACCAAUGUAUCAGUAUAGAGGAGAAAGCUAGAUUAAAUUUAACUUAUUGUUUAUAUUUGGAAUUUGUUCACACACAUUGUGAUGAAAUCAUAAAUAUAGACAAGAAUAUUUAUCCAAAUAAUGAUUACAGUGUCAAUUUAAAAAAACAACUUCAACGAGUCCAGUUUAAACAUCAGAAUCAACAAGUCGUAAAAAAUAAGAAACUGAUGGAUUGUAAAGACCAAGUUAACAAUAAUAAAUCAAUAAAUGAUUUUAAUAAUAUGUCAUCAAUUUCUAGUGGCAGUGAUUUUAUUUUUAAACCAGUUACUAACUUGUUUAAAAGUCCAGGUUUAUAUACCUCAAAAUUGUCUCAAGACAGUUUUGCUUGUCCAACACAAGAAAUAUCAUUAAGUAACUCCGACGAUUCCAUGAAUAUAAAUGAAGUUACGUUAGAACCGAUUAAUGAUUACUUUUCUUCUCCAGAAGUCUGCUUACAUGAAAGUUCAAAAAAUACGUGUCAAAUAAAAAUAAAAGAUUAUCAAUCAAGAUUGUCAUUUCACAGGUCCUUGGAAAAAACCAGUCAAGUACGUGCAAAUGAUUAUCAUAAAUAA